AUGGCCCCGCCCUGGGUGCCCGCCGUGGGCCUCACGCUGGCGCCCAGCCUGGGCGGCUUCCUGAGCUCCUACCACGCCCGUGGGGAGGGCCUCCGUUGGUACGCCAGCCUGCAGAAGCCCCCGUGGCACCCGCCCCGCUGGGCGCUGGCCCCCAUCUGGGGCUCGCUCUACUCGGCCAUGGGGUACGGCUCCUACCUGGUCUGGAGAGAGCUGGGGGGCUUCACGGAGGAGGCGGCGGUCCCGCUGGGCCUGUAUGCGGGGCAGCUGACCCUGAACUGGGCGUGGCCUCCCAUCUUCUUCAGCUCCCGGCAGAUGGGCGUGGCCCUGGUGGACCUCCUGCUGACGGGGGGGCUGGCAGCGGCCACCACCGUGGCCUGGCACCGGGUGAGCCCGUGGGCCGCUCGGCUGCUCUACCCCUACCUGGCCUGGCUGGCCUUCGCCGCCGCACUCAACUACUGCGUCUGGCGGGACAACCCUGGCCGGCGAGGCGGCCGGCGGCUUGCGGAAUGA